AUGAGAAUAUGUAGUCACAUUUCAUGUGAUAAAGAGUUUAAGCCGGUGCUGCAAGUUAUUGAUUGCCCGAACCACAUCAUUUCGCUGUCUGAUGGUUCACUCAUCCUCGACCUUGACAUUAUACUUGAAGAAUGCUAUGAGGAUUGUGCAAUUUCUGAAGCUCGUGGACACUCUGGAGGGAUAUGGAUAUUAAAAUCUCAAAAUUGCACAUAUGAUAUUGAGAUUAUAGAUAACUAUUUUCAAUCUAUCACUAUAGCUCUAGAAAAGGAUAGAGUAAGGUGGUACUUGUCAACUAUUUAUGCUAGCCCUCAGGUUACAAAUCGUGACCAUCUUUGGCCCUACUUGAAUUCCUUACGACCUCAUCUUAAUGGCCCUUGGCUUCUUAUGGGUGAUUUCAAUGAAAUUCUUCUUCCUUCAGAAGUGCGUGGAGGAGAGUAUUCACUAUCAGGUGCUACUAAAUAUGCUGAUAUGAUUGAAAAAUGUCGGUUGCUUGAUCUUGGUGCUACUGGUAGUUCAUUUACUUGGUAUAGGAAAGAAGCAGGAUACCAAAGGAUAGCUAAGAGACUGGAUAGAGCUCUUGGAGAUUGUGAUUGGCGCACUAUGUUUCCGGAAGCUUAUGUGGAGAACCUGAUUCGUUGCUAUUCUGACCAUAGACCAAUACUUUUAAGGGGCAUUGGUUUUAUCCCUAAUAGAAAGUCAAGACCCUUUCGAUUCCAAGCAGCCUGGUUAACCCAUGCUGAUUUCCCUAUUGUAGUAACUAAUGCUUGGGGCCAAGGGAAUCAUCAUAUAUCUCAUCGCCUUGACAAGGUUAGAGCUGAUUCUAUUGUUUUCAAUGAGGAAGUGUUUGGUAACAUCCUAAAAAGGAAAAAAGAGAUUGAGGGCCAACUUAAAUAUAUUCAAAUGCAACUAGAGAGGGUUGACUCAAUUAGACUUAACAUGGAAGAGGCUAACUUGCAUAAAGCAUACCAGGAAGUCCUAAAACAAGAAGAACUCCUUUGGUAUCAAAAAUCUAGAGAAAAGUGGGUGAAGUUGGGGGAUAGAAAUAACAAAUUUUUUCAUACCCAAACUGUGAUCAGAAGAAAGAGAAACAAGAUCCAAGGACUCCAUCUUGAUGAUGGCUCAUGGUGCACUAGUGAUGAGAAACUUCAGCAGGUAGCUAUCACUUACUAUCGUGAGUUAUUCCAUAAAGAUGAUUCUGUUACUCCUCAAAGCUUGUCAGUUGAGCUAUUGCCGCAACUUAACCAACAUGGGUGGAAUACUAUCACAACACAUGUGUCUAAGGAGGAAAAUGUGGUGGGAAAUGAUGUUUGGUGUUUGGUUAGAGAUGCUUUUAAUAAGGGGUAUAUUGAUGAACAUAUAGCAGAGACUUUGCUGGUUCUUAUUCCUAAAGAGAACAACCCUACAAGAAUAAAGAACUUCAGGCCUAUCAGCUUGUGUAAUGUUAUAUUCAAGACUAUAACGAAGGUUAUGGUCAACAGAAUUAGACCUUAUCUAGAUGACCUAGUUGGCCCUUUUCAAAGCAGUUUUAUCCCAAGAAGAGGUACUACUGAUAAUGCAAUUAUUGCUCAAGAAGUUGUCCACCACAUGCACAUAUCUAGAGCAAAAAAAGGUACAUUAGCUUUUAAAAUUGAUCUUGAAAAAGCAUAUGAUAGAUUGGAUUGGAAUUUCCUUGAGCUAACCCUGAAUGAAUAUAAUUUUCCUACAUCAACAAUAUCCCUUAUUAUGAGUUGUGUGAAAUCCAGUAAUUUGUCUAUCCUUUGGAAUGGUGCAAAGACAGAAACAUUUAAACCAACUCGUGGGCUCCGACAAGGUGACCCUCUUUCCCCAUAUUUAUUUGUGUUGUGCAUGGAGAAGUUGGCUUUGAGCAUCCAAAGCAAGGUUGAUAGUGGUGCCUGGAAACCAAUUCAUAUCUCUAAAGAUGGCCCUGGUUUGUCUCAUCUUUUGUUUGCCGACGAUGUCAUGCUUUUUUGUGAGGCGACUACUGAGCAAGUGAUGGUGGUUAUGGAGACUCUCGACCAAUUCUGCCAAGCAUCUGGGUUAAAGGUGAAUUUAACUAAAUCCAAAGCUAUGUGUUCUAAAAGAGUUGAAGAGUCAACAAAGAGAGCUAUUCAAUCUGUGUCAUCGAUACGAUUUGUUGCUAACCUAGGACAUUACUUGGGCUUUCCUUUGGUCCAAGGUCGUGUCUCUAAAGCAACUUAUGAGCAUAUUAUUGAGAAAAUGCAUCGAAGAUUAUCAGGUUGGAAAGGCAAUCUACUCAAUAAGGCUGGUAGAGUUUGCCUAGCUAAGUCUGUCACAACAUCAAUGCCAAUUUACAACAUGCAAAUCCAUUAUUUGCCUCAAAAUUUAUGUGACCAAAUCGAUAGGAUCACAAAGAGCUUCAUAUGGGGUGGUAAUGGAGUAGAGAGAAAAUGGAACUUGGUCAAAUGGGCGACAAUAACAUCACCUAAGAAGUAUGGAGGACUGUCUAUCCGUGAAGCCCGUUUAUCAAAUAUUGCUCUUCUUGGAAAACUUAUUUGGAGCAUUCUUCAUGACAGACAUAAACUUUGGGUUAAGGUGCUUUCACAUAAAUAUAUUAAACAAGGAUCAAUUUGGAACACCGAAGCUGGCAGAAACAUUUCCGUAGUUUGGAAAAGUAUUUUAAAGGCAUUGGAAGCAUUGAAAAAUGGUUUCCGAUUCCGUAUUGGUGACGGUUCCUCCUCAUUCUGGUACCAUGAUUGGACAGGAUUGGAGGCUUUAUGUCACUUGGUUGAUUUUGUCAACAUUUCUGAUACUGUUCUAUGUAUUAAGGAUGCAAGUAGCUAUGGUUCAUGGGAUUGGAAUAAGAUGAUGACUAUUGUCCCUGAUAAUGUCCAAAUGUUGGUAGACCAACACACACCACCUUCAUUCUUCAAUAGUGUGGUUCCUGACAAAUGGAUUUGGGGAGUUUCCAAACAGGGAAUUUAUUCUUGUUCGUCGGCCUAUGAUUGGAUUUUGGAGCAACAUAGGAGUUGGGAUACAAGUUAUAAUUGGGAUUGGAUAUGGAAGUUGAAAAUUCCUAGAAAAAUUCAACAUUUCAUUUGGGCUUGUAUGCAUAAAGCCAUCCCGACGAAUUGGCUUAGACACCAUUGCAACAUGGCUAAUGCAGCAACUUGUCAACGAUGUUCAGAAAAAGAAGAGGAUGUUAUGCAUUGUUUGAGGGAUUGUCGAGAUUCUCGUUAUGUUUGGGCAAACUUGCAAGUACUUGAAUCUCCUGGGUUCUUAAGUUAUCAAACUCCUAAUACUUGGCUAAAACACAUGGCUACUGGACCAACAAGUUUAAAGUUUGUUGCUAUUAUAUGGUGGAUAUGGCGUUGGAGGAACAACAUUGUUUUGGGUGAUAAAACUUGGAAAGCUAGUGAUGUGAUCCGACAAAUUAACCUCAUGGUUGAGGAUAUGGUUUUGUUAUCUACAACUGAUUCAUGUGCAGCUAAUAAUAGAAGCAAGGUCAAAUGGAAAGCUCCCCCAUCGGGUAAAUUUAAACUUAAUGUGGACGGAAGUUGCGACCAAAGUGGUGUCAUCGGUUCAGGAGGAUUGAUUCGAGACGCUACAGGAAAUUGGGUGGCAGGAUUCUCAUCCAAUGAUGGUUGCGGUGAUGCGCUUAUUGCUGAGUUGUUUGGUAUUUAUAACGGUUUGGUCUUGUUGAUAAACAAUUCGGUGUUGCAUGUUGAGUGUGAGACAGACUCCACUGAGAUCAUAAACCUACUUAUGGACAGACAAUCUCACUCAUUCCAUGCUUAUGCUUCUUUACUAACUAAAAUAACAAGUUUGUUGGAUCAUCUCCCAGGUUUGGUGUUCAAACAUGUGCUCCGUGAAGGCAAUGUAUGUGCAGACUUUUUGGCUAGGUUGGGGAGAAACUCUACUCUUGGAAUAACAACUUGGAUGACACCUCCUGAUGAGCUGAUCUCGUUGCUCAACUAUGAUGCUUUCGAUUUCUAG